CCUUGCACACCACCAUUGCCAUUUGUUUAUAAUCUAAAAUCUCCAGCUGCUGCUUCCUCACAAGAGAGAUGACAAUGGCGGCCUUGAAUAUCCUAUCUCAGCCAUGGCCACCUCUCUCUUUUUCCAAUAAUAUUAGUAAUAAUAAUAUUUUUUAUGUAAACAAAUGUAUUCGCAAUACUAAAUUACUUUCUUUGUCUCAUUCUUAUCACUUCUCUGUGUUUUCUUCACUCUAUGGAACAAACAGACCAAACUCAUCAUCCAAGCUCUCUUCAAUGCCCUCCCACCCCUCCAAGUCUGAUUCGUGGUAUAUAUUUUCCUCCCUUUGUUUCUCAGGGACUCUUACUGCAGGCAGUGGAUGUUCCUGGAUGAAAGAUAAUUUUAUGCGUCACAAUGAUUCUACUGACGCUGAAUGUGGCGAGGGCCCAUUGCAUUCUGUGUUUCCAACAAAGGCUGCUGAGGUUUCUUCCGUGAAGGACCUUUAUGAGUUUAUAAGCUCAGGUCCAUUGAUGAGCAAACUGGGUCUAGCCCCAGAAGGUGUGGCUGAGUCAAUUGACAAGUGGUUAGCAUAUGGGUCAUACCUGUGUCGGCUGUUUCAGCUCAAUGAGUUGGACCUCUCAGUUCCUCAGAAAGUUAGGAUAUAUCACUACUAUCUGCCGGUCUUUUUUUGGUGUGAAGAUCAGAUAUCUCAGCACAGAUCCUUGUACAAAGAUGGAGAAGAUAUACCUCCUCUAGUGAUUGGGUUUAGUGCACCACAAGGUUGUGGGAAAACUACACUUGUUUUUGCUCUCGAUUAUCUUUUCAAAAUUGGUGGCAGGAAGUCUGCCACAAUAUCCAUUGAUGACUUUUAUUUGACAGCAGAGAAUCAGGCUAAACUAAGAGAAGCGCAUCCGGGAAAUGCACUUCUAGAGUUACGUGGAAAUGCUGGCAGCCAUGAUCUUUCAUUUUCUGUCGAGACAAUGACUGCUCUAAGCAAUUUGAGCAAAGAAGGUAUGAAGAUGAAGCUUCCUCGAUAUGACAAGUCUGCUUACAGUGGAAAGGGGGACAGAGCUGAUCCUUCGACAUGGCCUGAGGUGGAAGGGCCACUUACUGUUGUUCUAUUUGAAGGUUGGAUGCUUGGCUUCAAACCUGUUCCUACGGAAGUUGUCAAAGCAGUUGAUCCACAGCUAGAGAUGGUAAAUAAAAAUUUGGAAGCAUAUUAUGAUGCAUGGGACAAGUUCAUUAAAGCAUGGAUUGUAAUCAAGAUCAAAGAUCCCAGCUGUGUCUACCAGUGGCGUCUGCAGGCAGAGAUUGCCAUGAGAGAGGCAGGAAACUCUGGAAUGUCCGAUGAUGAGGUAAAGGAUUUCGUUUCACGUUACUUGCCAGCAUACAAUGCUUACCUACCUACCCUUUAUUCUGAAGGACCAAAAGGGUCAGAUCCAAAGCACCUCAUCUUUGUAGAAAUUGAUGAGGAAAGGAACCCCAUCCUUGGUAACUAGUUACAUUAUUUUGAGAUUUAAGAUCCCCAAUUUUGAUUUCUUGACAUGUCAAUUGCAUGGGUGAUCAGUAUUAGAUAAGCGCUGUUUCAAAUGUACAAAGGUAAAUGUAAGUACCAACAAUCAUGAUUUUAUUAACUUGAUGAAUUUGUUUACAA